AUGAUAUUUUCCUUGCACGUUUGUACCAAGUACCAAGUACCAACAAAGAACGAAGACCACAACAAAAAGAAGAAGAAAAAAUUCCAGAAUUUAAAAACAAAAAUGAGUUCUUCUUCUCCAUCCCGCAGUAAGCUUCUGGAUCUAAGAUCUGUAAUCGGACGAAAAGAAGUCUUACGAAUCUUGAUUCUGUUUCUUGUUUUGACUGCCUCAUGUCUGGUUUUAUACAAAACCGCAUAUCCUCUGCAACGACUUUAUGUCAACAAUCUCACCUCUCUUCUCUCUUCUCCAUCUCAACCAUUUGCAAAUCUCAACUCGUCAGAUCUAUCUACCGAAACAACAAAACAAAAGAUGAGUUUCGAGGAGAUUUUGGAGAACGCGUCGACUAAGAACAAGACAGUGAUUAUAACGACACUGAACCAAGCUUGGGCAGAACCAAAAUCUAUAUUUGAUCUCUUCUUAGAGAGUUUUCGUAUUGGGCAAGGAACACAGGAGCUUCUGAAACAUGUAGUCGUCAUUUGCUUGGAUCCCAAGGCGUUUGAACGAUGUUCACAGCUUCAUUCUAAUUGCUACCAAAUUGAAACCUCAGGAACUGAUUUCUCUGGCGAUAAAGCUUACAACACUCCUGAUUACGUCAAGAUGAUGUGGCGCAGAAUCGAGCUUCUUACACAAGUUCUCGAAAUGGGCUUUAACUUCAUUUUCACGGACGCAGAUGUAAUGUGGCUAAGAGAUCCAUUUCCUCGGCUAUAUCCAGAUGGAGAUUUUCAAAUGGCGUGUGAUAAAUUCUUCGGAAAUCCUAUCGGUUUAGACAAUUGGGCCAAUGGAGGUUUCGUAUACGUGAGAUCUAACAAUCGGAGUAUUGAGUUCUACAAAUUCUGGUACAAAUCUCGUUUGAAUCAUCCAGGGUUACAUGAUCAAGAUGUGUUCAACAAAAUCAAGUAUGACCCUUUUAUCUCUGAGAUUGGAAUCCAAAUAAGAUUCUUUGAUACGGUCUACUUUUGUGGGUUUUGUCAACCGAGCACCGACAUCAACGUGAUUUGCACAAUGCAUGGUAAUUGCUGCCUUGGUUUGGAGAAGAAGCUUUAUGAUAUAAAUCUUCUUCUUGAUGAUUGGAAAAAGUAUCUGUCUUUGUCGAAAUAUGUACAGAACACGACUUGGAGUGUUCCCAUGAAGUGUUUGAAUAGAUCAUGAGGAUUUAUAUAGAUUUGGAUGAAAAGUAAUAAGAAUUUUUGAAAUUUGGUAAAUGUGAUCUUUGUUGGAGACAUUUUUUUGGAGUCAUUUGUUAUAAUAUCU